AUGUUCCGCGCUCGGCCAAAUCUCGUCCGUCCGUCUGAAGUCUCGGCCAAAGUCCAAACCGUCGGCCGAUCACGCAAUCACGACCCGGGAAACAUUGCCCGCGGUCGGCCACGCCACGCCACGACCGCGCACGACCAAAGCGCGCGAGCCGGGAGAACGCCUCGCGGCCGCGCAACUCUCCGCGUACCACGGCCGAUGCGCCGUCCGAGCCGGGAAACUACGUCCCGCGUCCGGCCGAGAUUUCAUCGGCCAAAUUCAUCCGUCCGACCACAGCGGCCGACCACGCAUCCGUCCGACCCGACCGUUCCGACUCGGCCACAUACCCGAUUGUCCGGCCGAUCGUCCCGCACGACCGUCCCAACGCCGCGGUCGACCCGAAGCCCUUUUUGA